UGUGUGUGUACACUAUUUUCAAUUUAUACCAGUAUCUUUAGACCUUAGCGUUUGUAUCGACUCAAAAUUAGUGCUGUUCGGUUCGUUCAAAACUCAAAAUCGUCAUUCGAGUGCUGGUUGAACACGUAGAAUGACCCAUACGGUGAAGAACAACGCGAUUCCCUUGAUUGGGAAAUUGAAAAUGUUAUUCGCCACAUUUUGUCUUGGACCGGUGACAUUGGGUGUAUCAAUCAGCUGGACAUCACCUGUACUACCACAACUCGAAUCAAACGCCACCUCCUUCCAUCUAACCAGCGAGGAGUCGUCAUGGGUCGGAUCGAUGCUGGGACUCGGCGUACUAGCGGCCGCACUACCCAUAGGAUACCUAUCGAGCCGUUUCGGUCUAAAGAAAUGCGUCAUCGGACUUAUCCUACCACUGCUAAUAUUCACAGUUGUCGCCGUAUUCUCGAAGGACGUGUACAGCCUCUGCAUCGCGCGUUUCUUCUCCGGCAUCGCAACGGGAGGAAUCUGCGUGAUCAGUCCGAUGUACACGUCAGAAAUUUCAGACGUAUCGUUCAGAGGCACUUUGGGGUCGUUCUUCGAAUUUUUACUUUACGUUGGGGUAGUACUGGUCGCGAUCAUCGGCGCUUACGUCGAGUACAAAACGCUAACCGUCAUGCUGGGGAUUGUCGGUUUGGCUUUGACGAUGAUUUUCAUAUUCCUCCCCGAAAGUCCGACGCAUUUGAUGAAAAUCAAUAAGAGAGAGGAGGCAGAGAGAGCGCUUCGAUUUUAUAGAAGCAAGAAUUGUGAUAUUUCCGAUGCAAUGAUGGAAAUUGAGACCAGUAUUAAGAGCAAGGAGAACCAGCUAAGCGUAAAAGAGGCGCUGACCAGCAGACGAGUUAUACGCGGCUUAAUUGCAGCCGUUGGACUUACAGUUUUCCAAAAGUUCUGCGGAGUCGACUGUAUCUUAUUUUAUAGCGUGAGCAUUUUUCAAGUAACACAGACUGGUAUGAACGCGUACACUUCCACGAUCGUCUUGGCCUUGGUGCAACUGGUCUCCGCCGUUUUGAAUGUUUUCGUAAUAGAAAUGGCCAAUCGCCGACUGUUCCUAUUCAUCUCCACAAUUGGCAUGGGAAUAUCACUUGGAGUAUUGGGCAUGUACUUCCAACUGAAGGAGCUUGGAAUUAACUUUACCGGAAUAGAAGCGAUUCCGCUUGGAAGUCUGAUUGCUUACGCCUUCACAUUUUCCAUGGGCAUGGGACCGAUACUGUGGAUGAUUAAUGGAGAACUGUUCGCACCGGACGUGAAAGGGCUAGCGAAUGGUAUAACGAUGACCUCAAAUUGGAUACUACUGAGCACCGUGACAAAGUCAUUCCCAAUAAUGAUGAACAAUAUGGGCCCUAAUUAUACUUUUUACUUAUUUGCGGCGUCUAUGUUUUUGUGCGCCAUUUUUGUUAAGUUUUUCGUACCUGAGACGCGCGGUAAGACAUUAGAACAAAUUCAAAGUGACCUUAGCUCAUAAUAAUUUAACUAUUAACUUGUUUGUGUGUUUUUUAUUCGCAAAAAACGUAUCUAUGUAAAUAGGAUUAAGUUUUUAGAAAAGAUUUUUUUAUCGAC